CGCUCCCUCACAAUGCUCAAAAUUUUGGUAGCCGGCGAUUCGAUGGUGAAGUACUUGCCAUUGAAUAGUCGGUUGGCUGUUGAGGUUGCGCCGUUUAGUGGUAUUAGAAUCGAGCACUUGUUUUCCCAGGUGUCUGAGAAGCUACCCGAUUUUGAUGUUGUCAUCCUACACGUUGGCACUAAUAAUUCCCAUAUUAGUGCCAGCGUGUACAUCGACAAAUAUCGUCGUCUAGCUGCCCAGAUCUGUGAACGCAAUCCAAUGAUGCAGAUCGCCUUUUCUGCCGUUCUUCCGAGACGGGAGAAUAGGUUCUGCUCAUUGGAAUGGCAGCGUAGUCACGCUGCAGAGAUCGAGGCUUCGAAUGACCGUUACCGAGAGGUGAACUCGCUGCUGCGAGAGUUGUGUCGCAGGGAAGGGUUCACGUUCCUCGACGGGCUAGCUGACGAGUGGCACCAGUGGAUCCACCGCGACGGCGUCCACCCAAACCGGAUCGGCAACAAGGUCCUCGCUGGGUUCAUGGGCCAGCAAGUAUGGAGCAUCCUGGAGAAGAUGGCCAGGGCCAAGAUCCAGCAGGACCACAAGGAGGCAAUGCCAGGGACCCGCUCGAGGGAUGGCUGGACCAUCAAGGGUGCCCUAUUGACCGUGCCAUGUUGUCUCUUCAGAAUUCUCCGACUUUUCCAGCAAAGUUUUGUUAAUCUGACGACAUAGUCUUUCUAAGAGGCUGGGGAAAUUAUAGCAAAAAGUUUGUGGGCCUCACAUCUGGUAACAAGAAGGCUCCAAAAACAAGGCCCCUUGAAAACUGAGCAAGUUGCUACUUGUGUAAAUUGGCUCUGAAGAAACCAACAACUAGGCGCUGCACAGUCCGAUGAUUCUUUCCGAGUCUGAAGUGCUUCGAGGGAAUCGGAAUUUUGUGUUAUAAUGUGAAUAAACUGUUCUGCAUUGCAAA